GAAGACGCCGACGCCUCGCCAGAACCUCAAACACAACGCCGACGAACGCAGCACGAAGACGAUGAGGACGACUUCGCUCAGACUCAAGGUGGAGAAAAUGUGGACGACAUGGCCAAGAAGCUUGUGCGAUUAGCAUUGGCCUGCGAGUAUCAACGGAGGCCGAUACGGAGAGCUGAAAUAGGUGACAAAGUGCUGGGCACACAUGGUAGAAAGUUCAAAGAGGUGUGGAGUCAAGCUCAGAAAAAUCUCAAUGAUGUGUUUGGCAUGGAAAUGGUGGAGCUGCCGGUGAAGGAGAAAGUCACCCUCCAGCAACGAAGAGCCGCCAACAAAAGCCAGUCCGGAGCAUCGAAACCCACGCCCUCCUGGAUCGUAACAUCAAUCCUACCGCCGAAAUUUCGCAACCCAGACAUAAUCAACCCGCCGUCAGCUCCGACGCCUGAUCACGACGCAACAUACACAGCGAUAUACACCCUCCUCAUUUCUUUGAUCAGUCUUUCCGGAGGUAACCUCCCAGAUGCCAAGAUGGAGAGGUUUCUCACGAAGAUGGGAAUGCGGGACAACACGCCGGUGCAAGAUUACGAGAAGACCGAAAAGCUCCAGAAGCGACUGGAGAAGGAUGGCUAUAUCGUGAAGAUUAAAGAGAGCACGGGAACGGGCGAGGAUGAUGUUUACUGGCUUGUCGGGCCGAGAGGAAAGAUUGAGGUCGGAGAUGAAGGCGUGCGAGGCUUGGCUGAAGCGGUCUAUGGGAAUCUUGGAGAAGUCGAGGCCGAGGAGCUUCACAGAAAGAUUGAAAGAUCUCUCGGGAUUGGUGAACGCCCACCGGAGAAGACGCAAGCUCCACAGAAUGGCGAAAAGUCGAAGCGUGGCAGGAAGAAGAAGUCUGUGCAGGAGCCGGAGCAAGAGGAAGAAGAAGAGGAUGAUGAGGAAGACAGUAGUGAUGACGAGGAUGAGUGA